AUAAAAAGUGAAAUAUUUGGUUCUAUAAAGAAGAAGAAAGCAAAAUAAUUUUACUUUCAAUCAAUGUUGUACAAAAGUAACCCGAAAGAAUAUCUGUAUCACAAUAAAGGGGCAUCCUAAUGUGCACAUGUAUGUGUAUAGCGAGUGAAUUAUUGAAGGCUAUAUUACUUCAAUAAAGUGACGUUAUUUAACUCUAAAUGAUAAAUGUUUCCUGACUAAAUAAUAAAUGUUGUAAAAAUUUUGUUGCAAAACACAGUUAAUUAUAACAUCUUAUCACUGUUAAUUUGUGCUGAGUUUCGCUGUUGUUAUAUAUAUCACCAAAAUAUCUUUCGAAGAGGAUUGUAGGGCCGAUCGGCCCAUGGUGCAAAGAGGACCGUCUUCAGAUGCUCCAUUGGUUGCAGGAAUUGGCCGAGAACCUAGAUUUGGUCUAGGCCACUCUAGUUACCAAAGCGGAUAUAACAAAUUGUUUACGCAGAGUUCUGCUGAUUCUAAUUAUUCACAACCCUCAUCCGAUCUGUCGCUUGACGAUGAGAAGGAAACGCUUCGGCGCGAAAGGGAACGCCACGCUUUAAGUCAAUUGGAAAAGGCGAGGGGGAAACCCGUUGCUUUUGCAGUUCGAACAAAUGUUGCCUAUGAUGCUACAAAUGAUGACGAUUCACCAGUUCAAGGGAGUGCGGUAUCUUUCGAAAUAAGAGAAUUCCUUCACAUCAAAGAAAAAUAUGACAACAAUUGGUGGAUUGGUAGGUUGGUCAAGGAAGGUUGCGAUGUUGGAUUUAUACCAAGUCCAGUUAAGUUGGAACACAUUCGCAUGCAGAAUCAGACGAGGCCGUCCAGGUUAUACGGUACGAAGGGUGCGUCCACUACCAACUUAGGUACGGGUCAAGGAGAACCAAUGCGUGGUGGCACACCACCUACACCUGGUGACGAGUCCGAUUCGUUAGGGGCAAGUCGUCAAGGAAAAACACCUGUUCCAAAUUCGUUAAACAAAGAUAAACGAAAGCCUUUCUUCAAGAAGCAAGAGACUUCUUCUCCCUACGAUGUUGUGCCAUCGAUGCGCCCUGUAGUUUUAGUUGGGCCUAGCCUUAAAGGAUAUGAAGUAACGGAUAUGAUGCAGAAGGCUCUAUUUGAUUUUUUAAAACACCGGUUUGAAGGAAGAAUUAUAAUUACACGGGUUAUGGCUGAUAUUUCUUUAGCAAAGAGGUCUAUUAUGAACAACCCCACAAAGCGCGCAAUAAUGGAGCGUUCGAGCAGUCGAUCAGACUGCCUCACUAAAGUCCAGGAAGAAAUUGAACGUAUAUUUGAACUGGCGAGAACCCUACAAUUAGUUGUAUUGGACUGCGACACCAUCAACCAUCCAUCACAACUUGCUAAGACCUCAUUGGCGCCUACUAUAGUAUAUUUAAAAAUAAGCAGUAGCAAGGUUCUGCAACGGUUGAUAAAGUCUCGGGGAAAAUCACAAGCUAAGAAUCUUUCAGUUCAAAUGGUUGCAGCAGAAAAAUUAGCCCAAUGCCCUUCGGAAAUGUUCGAUGUUAUACUAGAUGAAAACCAGCUGGAAGACGCUUGCGAGCAUAUCGCUGAAUACCUGGAAACAUACUGGAGAGCCACGCACCCUGAUAUAAAUGUGAUGACUGCUAUACCAAAAACAUUGACUCUACAAAGCACAUCGCCAAUGGUAGAUCCAAACCGAUUCGGCUCAUCAUCAACAGAAAAAGAAACAUUUCGACGCAGCCAAACCCGGCGCAACCAUAUAGACCAAGAUCUUGCUGAUCAUCAUAAUGAACCAAGCCGCUAUACCAGGACCGAAAUGGCACGUGCACAAUAUAAUGAUAGAGACUUUCUGCAUUAUGAAAAAGAUAAAUCUCAUUUCAUAGAGCAAGAUGAGUGCAAUUAUAUAGUUGACCAACUUGGUGAGCAAAGCAAUCAUUCUUGUAUUAUUAACCAACCGCAAAAUGGGGAGGGAGCGCGAUUCGGCAUAUUAUCAGAUGGUUCUAGUUCAAGAGAUCUUCCGACAACAAUAAUGCAUGGCAGUUCUAUGGGAGGUCAUGAUGAGUUUAAUUCCAAUAGAGGUGUUAUUAGCGAUAGAAUGACGCUGAAUGCCAUAUAGGAAUCAUGGAUAUAAGGUUGGAAGUCAACCAAAAUAAUAGUUUAAGACGAACUUUGUAAAGACCAUACUCUAAUUGUUUGUGUAUCACUAAAUAUUUAAUCAAAAUGAGUUAAAUAAGUAGCUAGCCUAACAUAUUCAGUACACAACCGGAAGGUGGAUAUGUUUUAAUAUUCCCAUCUCUAAUUUCUGCUUCAUCUCUCCUAAAUUUGGUUAUAAUUAUAUUUUAGCUAUUCAGACUUAUAGCAAGUUUUGCAUGAAAUGCUAAAAUAGCUUUCAUCCUGCUUUGCGAAUUUCGCCCAAAAUAUUCCAUCAAAAUUGUUACAAUUUUGACGGCUGUAUAAUAAGUGCAAAGUUAUUUAAAAUAUCAAAAAAUGAUAAUGAAGAAUGUAUAACGUAUAAAAUGAAUUCAAUUAUAAUGAGAGUUCUAUGUGAGGGAGAAAGAAAUGCGAGAAUCAGAGGCAGAUUGUGCCAGCCAAUUGCUCUCUUCUAGGUAUGGUUGCAAGCUUAUAAUUAUUGAAAAUAAAUGAAACUUAUUUAUUAUAUGUGAAUAUAAUUAUAUUGUACAAUCUUGUUAUUAAUAGGAAAAUAAAUAAUUUAUAUAAAAUUUA